AUGGUGCCCCACAAGAGGCUGCUCCACCCCAGAGCUGGCUUCAAGUUGCUUUUGGCGCUGGUGCCAAAAGCCCUGGAUGGGCUUCUUCUCCUCUGGCGAGCUGUGUGGGUUAGUAUAUGUGGAGUAGUGUAGGAUUUCCAUUAGCAGGCUGGGAGUAGUCCUGUGACUGGGUGAAACAACACCAGCUCGUGUUUUUCCCUCUGGGAUCAGUCAGCCAAAGGGGAGGAGCCUUUCAGAUCACUGAGUUUUGCCUUUGCACAAACGGACCUUGCUGAACUUUUGCGGUGGGGUAGGCAGGGGGGAAAUGGCACCAUUUAGGCACUUGCCACACCUCCAUCUCUGCCAGUGUUGUGGGCUCGCAACUGACCCCUUGAUGCAAUAUGGACAGGGUUUGUUGUUGUUUUUCAAGAAGAAACAACAUUCCAGUUAGUAAUGGCUUUUCCAGAGUAACAUUUGGCUCUCAAAAUCGUUUGGUGGGGAAGGAGUUAGAGUACAUACAUUUCACUUUUAAAUUUUGAAAAGUUUGCAUGUUGGUUAGCAGACCCUCCCUAUUUUCCAAGGACAGUCCUGGAUUUACAGAAGCCAUCCCUGUUUCUGAUUUGAUCCCGGAAUGUCCCACUUUCCCUUAGGAUGUCUCUAUUUUCAUCAGAGAAAUGUUGGAGGGUAUGGGUUAGAGUGAAUUGGGGGAGGUUCUGUGGGGUUUGUGUGUGGGUUUUAAACUCCCUUGUUAAUUGUGUCAUGUUUUUUAAACUCUACUUCCUACUCCUUAUUUAUUUGUUUCAUAAUACCAAUCUAUUGCUUGAUUGUAAAAAACAACAACCCUCAAAGUGGUUUACAAAGAGAAUACAGCAAUAAAUUUAUCAGAAAAACAACUUUAAAACAACACAAAACAUUCAAAAGAUAAAACCAAUAAAACAGAUUAAAUCCCACACCAGCUUUCUAAGCAUCUGCAUAGGCUUGUCUAAACAAAAAUGUUUUUAGCAGGUGCCAGAAAAUAGUGCAAUGAACGUCCCUGCCUGAUAUCAAUAGGCAGGGAGUUCCAGAGUGUACACCCCACAGGCUGUGAGCUUCCUUUCUGACAUUCCUCAAAUGUGGAAGCAACAGCAUCCCAGAGGGGUGGAGAAAGGCAGCCAUGCUGCACAUUGUGGUUCAGAGGUUUGCACUUCACCAAACUGCAAUGCCCUGGAUUCUUUUGGGGAAGCCCUGGCAGAUAUAAUGCUGUAAAUCUGAGGCAGAUUGGUAGGGCAGGUAAUGCACCCUCAGGUGAGAAAUGGGGUGGGUGGGAUUUCCUUGCCUUUCUAACUUCUCUCUUUCCACCUCCACAGGUUAUCUUGUUCUGUUACAAGCUCUGCUGGGAAGCCGCCUUUGACCUUGUGCAGGAGGUAACAGCCCUGAAUCUUGCAAGUAACCCCCCACCCCAAUGCCACCUCUAUCCAAGCUAAAAAGACACCUCAGCCUUCGGGGUGUCAGAGUGUUAUAAAGGCAGGGGGUCUAAAAAUACUGUUAUACCCAGUCUCCAAAUCGUGAGAGAAUCCUGGUGUUCCAGGAGCUUAUCCAGGGCUUAGUUUUCUUGGAAUGAAGGUUAGAGAAGACUGUGGUGUCUUUAGAGCACAUAGCUUUAUUUACACAUAUAUACAACCUGAGGAUGAAGAUGGAGGGUCUCACAAUGUCAACACCCCAACAGAUCUUGCUUCUCCAUUUGUCACAGCUUUGGAUCCAGCAUAGUGGAAGCAUGUCUCUGCGUCUCCAGCUUCCAGCUCGCUCUGGCUGCUGUUCUCCUACCCAGCAGCUAGGAAUGGUGGUGGAUGUAAGCUCAGUGGGAACCCAGUGGGAACCAUCACUCAGCUGUAGCUUUUGCUACCUGGCUCAUUCUUUUGGGAUGCUGAUGAGUGGCCAGCUAAGGCCACUGUUUUACAAAGAAACUUGUCUGACUAGUUUAGCAAACUCUAACUAACUCUCACUGGGUACAGGACCCCAAGAAUUGGAAGGGACUAGACUGAACCCCCCCAAUCCACAACAAAACCUUGAGUUUGAUGUUCUCACCCUCUGCUGAUGUCUUAGGCUUGUUCCUCAAUGACUUCAUGGCUAGAGGACAUCGGUGAAGCCCACCAAGGAGAUGGGCUCCUCUCCUCACCAACAACCCCUGAGCCCCAAGAGGCAGGUUUGUAGACUUAUGAUGGGCAUGUUGGAGGGGGGGAAAGGGAGCGAGAUGAAGGGGUUACAUCUUCUCAUACAAGGGCUGGCCUUCCAUCCUGCUCUCUGUGCAAAGGAGCCCAUCUAAUCUCAUUCUCACAGUGGCCAAAUAGAUACCUGUGGGAAGCCCACAAGCAGGAGCCUGCCCACCUGUGAUUCCAAGGCAUGCUGCCUCUGACAGUGAAGGUGGAACUCAGCCAUUGUGGCUAGUAGCCUUUGGUAGCUUUAUCCUCCACAAAUUUGUCCAUCCAAGUGGGUAGCCAUCACUGCCUUCAAGAGUGUGUGCCAUAGUUUGGUGGGGAGAGUGCUGUUGUUGCACUCAAGGCCUGCUUUCGGUUUUCCCUUUGGGGCAUGAGGUUGGUUGGCCAGAGUGAAAACAGGAGGCUGGACUACAUGGGCCUCCUUUAGCCUGAUCCAGCUGCUGCAGGCCUCUUAGUUCUUUUAUGAUUCCUAAAUGGAACUUUCAUGGACAGAAUCAUGGAAUGGUGGUGAGCAAGAGUGAGAGAUGGCCAUUGCUCUUAAAUCUUGCUUGUGAGCUUCCCUUUGGGGACCUCUGGUUGGCUACUGUGAGGACAGGAUGCUGGGCUAGAUGGGCCCCCGUGUGGCCAGAUCCAAUGGCAUCUCCUUCCAUUCCACCCCAUUAGUCCAUGGAAACCAGCUUUGUCCACCUUAGGAGCAAAUGGUUCUCCAGGGUCUCAGGCAAGAGAAGGGUCUUUCCCCCUACAAUUUGGGAUUGUGUUAGCAGAAGAUGCCAGGGACUAAGGUUGGGACCUUCUGCAAAGGCUCUGUUGCCACCAACCUCUGGGUUUCUUGUCUGGGGGUUGCCUGAAGUUCACAGGCAGAGGCAGUUGGGGCGAGGUAUCUAACAUCCUGCGUCACAGGGAGUUGGACUAGAGAUGACCCUUUGAUCCCUUCCUUCUCUACGAUUCUAUGAUCUUGGUGUUUCCAGGUGCUGAGAAACUGGGGAAGAUGGUGCAGAUGCUCCAGGAGUCCAGCAGCGCCAUGCUGGGGCAGCUGGUGGGUCUGGAGGCCGAGGUGCAGCACAUCAGCCAGGAGCUGCGAGCUGAGAAGCUCCUGUGGAGCAGCCGCUACCUGGAGCUGCUCAGGGAGCAGCAAGAACUGCUUGUGCAGGUGGGCCUGUCCCAGGAGCCACUUCCUCAAGGCUCCUCUUCAGCUGGAAAGAUGGUAGGGCAGGGGUGGGGGGCACAUCUGUACCCCGCCCCCAAAGCUGUCAGGACUUGCAGCUCUUGCCAUUCUCCCUGGCUGUUCUGGGGCUGAUGGAAAUUGGAGUCUCAGUGGAAUGGGCUACCUGGGAAGGUGAUGGACUCUCCUUCAUUGGAGGUGGAUGGACAGGGAUUCCUGUAAUUCCUGCAGUGCAGACUAGAUGGCCCUUGAGGUUCCUUCCAACUCUACAGUUCUAUGAUUCUAUAUCUGGAGGGCCACUCCUAAUGCGAGGGCCACCAUGUACCUGUGCCCCAAGACAAGGGUUUAUUUUUGCAAUUAUUAUUUCGCAAAUUCCAAGAGCUAAGGCCAUCCUGAACUGAGGACAGGCUGGAGACCACCAGCGGGAAGGUCGUCUGGGGAAGCCCCACCAAAGGGAGAGAAUGGAAGCUGCGUUCAAGCUGUGCUAAUGGGUUUGGGCAGCAGAACUUCAUACUGGUCCCCCCACCCUACAGAUCAUCUCUUGUUGAAAUUCAUAUCCCACCCUUCUUCCUCUGCAACAACCCUGAGUCCAGUCUCCCACCUCUCAGUCUACCCUGCCCCUGCUGGGUGUCCAUCCAUGGCAACAGAAGUGACACUCGCUCAACUGGCAGCAGCCAGCCCAGCCCCUCCCCAGCUGGCUGAUCUCUCCUCUACCUCCCUUGUGGUUGCUGUGGGAGACGCAGGCCGCUCCUGAGCAGAACGGGCUGCACAGCAGACCAUCAGUGUCAGCCAAGCUGAUGUGGUGUAGCGUUAAGAGUGUAGGGCCAAGACCUGGGUUCGAAUCACCACUUAGCCAUGAAGCUCACUGGGUGACCUUGCGGGUCAGUCACUGCCUCUCAGCCUGCACCUACCCCACAGGGUGGUUGUGAGGAUAAAAUGGAGGGGGUGGGCGAAGAACCGCAUAGGCCACCUUGAGCUUCUUGGAGGGAAAAAGUGAUAUAUAAAUGCAACAAGUAAAAUAAUAAAUGAAUGAAUCAAGCCCUCUGUUUGGUGCAGUUCCAAAGGCAGGACCAGACUCUGUGGCUGCAGGACAUGGAAGGGAAGAGUGAUGCCCAAGAGGCCCUGGGAUGCUACACAGAGGCUGGUGGCCAGAGGACACAGGCUGCAGCAGGCAAGUGAGCCCAAAGGAGAGGGGAUCUCAAGCUGGUGAUGGAAGGGGAAGCUAUAAGGUGGCAGAGGAGGAGAACUUGCAGGGUAGCGAGAUGCCGGAGGGGUGGUGGAAGUAGGCAAGAAGCUGGUUUCUCCCAAAUGGGCUUUGCUGCUGUGAGUUUCAGCCUGCAAUAUGUUUCACCACCUGUAUAUUGUUCUGCUUCCUUUCAGAGCUUCCCUCUCCCUAGUCUUACAGACUAGAAACAGAAGGCGGCUGAAAACAAGAGAGGCAUGCUCAAAGUUGCACAAAGAGCCCCUUGUGGAAGGAGAACUGGAACCCACGUCUCUGUCCCUAGCCCCCUGGACUGCACAGGCUCACUGAUAAAAUAAAC